CUUUUUACGUCAUCGUUUCUUCCGUUAUUCGUGUUUUUGGCCUACUGCGUAUAUAACCGAUCGAGUUAGAGCGAAUAAUAAUAGAACAGUACAAUUAGCCAGGAACCUUCCAAGCACAUUCGAGUUGCGCGAUACGACCUCGUUCUCUGGUGGAUCGACAAAACAUUGUGCGCGGAUCAUCGACAUAGAAAUAUGUAGAAACGAAGUUGCAUAAAAGACCGAUAACAGGUUCAAGAAUACGAAAAAGGAUCGCGAGAUGGCAGAUACGCUGCAUUAGUUUCGCUUUUCGCGCCUUAAUCGCACGUAUGCCUAACCUGUCUGAAAUGCUUAGGGUUUCGCUGUUUUUCCGAAGGGAUUAGACUUGCUGGAAAGGGAAAGCAAUCGGUAUUUGCACGUGUGCCUCCGCCGAAUCAGGAGCUGGCAAAAAUCCGCGUAUCAUGGAGGAAGUAACCAAAUGCAGAUACAUCGAUUGUGUCGACACCCGGGAAAAGGAGCAAAUACUUCACGAACUUCCCGUUUGUGAUACUGGUCUUUGCGUGAGAUGGUUGAUCAACAGUGGUCACGUGGAUCUAAUCGGCAGAGAUCUGGACGCUUUACGAUCUAUGAAAUUUUUCGUGUGUAACAAUCACUUUACGGAGGACUGUUAUCUCAGCAAAGGUACAUUGAAAGAAAAUGCGGUCCCUUUUCCACAUUGGAGCGCUGUUUCGAGAACACUGAAAAGUUUGAAAACGCGACGGAAAGUUCAAGUAAACGGUCAGGACAGUUCUAUGGAGGAAGUAUCGAUAAAUAAACCCGCAGAGAAAAAUGCUCCUUCCGAAUUCGACGUGGAUCAGUGGUGCAGAACUUGCGCUACCAAAAAACCGAACCUCGUAAGUAUGACGAGCAAGGGAAAAGGCACGGACAUGAGCCUUCUAUCGAAACUGAAACUUUUAAUAGAAAUUGACGACGAAGAUGCUUUGCCGACAAACAUGUGCGACGAGUGCGUCGACAAAUUGGAGCAAUCGUUCAAGUUUUUUCAACAGAUCUACGUCGCGGACAACACUCUGCGCCAUGUGUUUCCGAACUCCAAAACGAACAGCGUUCCCAAGAAACCUCUUUAUUCGCUGGGCGAGCACAUGAGAAAGGAGCAGAAGGAGAAGGAAGAGAAAGAGAAGGAACAGGAAAAGGAAAAGGAGGAAGAUCAGCAGGACCGUGCUCCCAGAAUCACUCGCGGUAUUUUCAGACGCGGUCGAGGUAGACCUCGCAGCCGGGGAAUCGGCGGAAGAGGAAGAGGAAGGCAAAGGACUGCUCAGGUAGCAGCGUCCAUUCAGAGCCCAGUUCCCAGCCCUGCCUCCAUUUCGCUCUCAGGCAACAACGUCGCUAGGCCAAUUUACAAAACCGGAACGAACGAAUCAAGUUUAAGAAACGAGUCUCGGAUCGAGCGGGAAGACGAAAGACAGGGUGACACCGUGUUCUCGUUGCUCACGGACACGUGCCGGAGUGAUGAAGAACUCGAUUGGUCGGACGUUUUGAAAGUGAUGAGCAAUCAGAGGUACCGAAGUACUGAGCAAGUUAAGUCGAAGGAAACGAGGACAGAGGAGAGUACAGAUAGGAAAAUAGAAAUGAAGAUAGAGGUCGAGUCGAGCGAGCCGGAAACGAUGCCGUGUAAAAUGGAGACGGAGUGGUCGACGGAGGAAGCGUCGAUGGAGGAACAAGGCAAAGUACAAGUAAAAGUGGAAAUUGGAGUCGAAGAAAAAGCGGAGCUGGUAGAGCAGGAUAAAGCGAAGACGACGGAGGGAAACGACGAACGGAUACGUUGCGAAUUCUGCGAUCAAGAGUUUCAAUUUAGAAGACAACUACAGACUCAUUUGUUAACCGAUCACUCUGAAUUGUCCAGUCAUAUGUGUCUCGACUGUUUGAUCAGUUACGAAAGCGAGUCUGAGCUCUCGAAGCAUCGAAGUUCGCAUCAUGGAGAACGAACGUACGGCUGCGAACAUUGUCGAGAAGAGUUUCUCGAAAAACGAAUGUUAAAAGAGCACGUAAGAAAAUGUCCGUCAGCGGACGCGUCACGUUACUCUUGCGAUUCGUGCGAAGUAACGUUUGGCAGCAAAGAACAGUUAGCCGAGCACGUAAAAAGUCAUCGGGAGGCAUCGGUUCGGACCGAGUCGGAUUCGAUAAAAACCACGAGCGAAACGAUCUUGUCUCCGAAGCGUUUCGUUCAGUCGGAACAGGCAGAGGAAGCGGGAGGAGAACAAGAAGAGCGUUCGAGUACCGUCGGUACGUCAUCGAGCAUAAUCGUGACGUUCGAAUCGAAUUCGAACGAGAAAGAUGGCGGGACGUCGAUCAGUAGGUUGGAAAACGUAUCGGAGCACGAAGGAGCGGACGGGGAACCGAUGACUUGUCCAGAUUGCAACGAGCAAAUGCAGAACAAGGUCGAAUUGAGCAUUCAUAGAAUGCGUCGUCACUCGGUAAACAGAAAAGAUGCGAGCUGCCUUCUUUGUGAUAAUAAAUCAUUCUCUUCGUCGGAAGAGUACGAGCAACACGUGCUCGAUCACUGUAAACGGUUAAGAAUAUCGCCACGGUAAAGGGAAAUGGAAAAUUCGACGUAUCGUCGGAAAAGGAUUUACUUCGAUCCGUUGUCAAUGUCAAGAUCAACGUAAUGCGCAGAUUUACGAUAAUGACUUGUAUGAACAGGGGAAACGAUAAGACAGUGAUAGGAAAAUUAAGACAGGAACGCAUUAACAUUACGUCACGUGAAAUUAACACAAUUGUACAUUGUUAUUACGCGACAUUCGUAAAAUAUGAGUCGAAUGUAGCCGAAUAUCAGAAUAUACAUAUAUUUAUUUUAUAUAUUGCUUCUCUGGCGGAAUAAUGACAUAAUCACCCUUGUGGGGGCAUUGUACAGAAAAAUACUGCGCAAUUAAUGAAUUCAACACGAGAGAUGUCCUUGAUCAGUCUUUCUAUAUGUAAAUCAGUGGAGGGGAUUUCUGCGGUGUGCGCAAGAAUUGUAAAUCUACGAGUA